AUGGGGUUGUUGGGAGCCAUAGGCUUUUUUUUAGCUUUGGUAACUCUAACUCAGACACUUCACAUUGCAGAAGGAUGCAACAUCGUGUCAGCAAGUUCAUCAAGUGCCUCAUCAAUUUUGGUAAAAUGGAAGGAAUAUCCUGGAACAACAAACUAUGUCUUGGACCUUCGGGAGAAAAACUCUCCACAGUCUGCACCAGUUAUAGCGUCCAUAUCCGGAUCCCAGACUGAGAGGAACAUCUUUGGUCUAAAACCAGGAACUGAGUAUAAUGUGACUGUUAAAGCUUUUGUCUUCUUCAAUGUGGCGUGUGUUAAUUCCACUCUGGCUUUCACAGUCCCUGACACAUCACAGAUAGUUGAAGGGCGAGCACUAUCAAGUACUUCAAUCAAAGUAACAUGGACAACAGUGCCUUCAGCACAGAAAUACUAUCUAGAGGUGUACUCUCAGACCACUCGAACCACGAUGAACUUUACAUACACCAACACCACAGCUGUGAUAAGAAACCUGCAGCAUUCCUCCAACUAUGACUGCUAUGUCUACACAGUUAACCAGGCAGGCCUGGGAAGAGGAAGCAAAGUGAAGACCAUCACAACCUUGGUGCAGCCUCCAGUGGGUAUCACUGCAAUACAGACUAACCAGGUUAUGGCAAGAAUAACGUGGGAGCCGGUGAAUACGGUCCUUUUAUACCAUGUCAAGAUUCGCAACCUAGAUGAUCCCAGCAGCCAACCCUCUUCACACGAUGUCCCAGACACCAAGCUGGAUGUUCAAGGCAUCCUCCCAUGCUCCACCUAUCUGAUAUCAGUGUCCUCAUACAGCACGUUCUUGGUGGCGAGCGAGCCCACGGACUACACAUACACCACCAACAAGCUGACACCUGUUUCAUCGGUAUCAGUGGACUACAGCUGUACCACUAACUCUGUCACCGUGUCUUGGCCGGCUGCUUCGGGGGCCACGUCCUACAGGGCCGUGGCAGUUGGCAGUAAUGGCACACAGCUGGAAUGCACCAGCCAAAGCACCAACUGUCUGAUUAAAGGACUGAGCUGUGGCCAGGAAUACACGGUGUAUGUAACGCCCAUAUCAGACAAAUGCAAGAACUUAAUCAACAACACCUCAACUACUUUUAAUACUGCCCCUUGUCCUCCAGCCAACCCGAUGUUGUUGCGGGACUGCAACAGUGAUGUCAUCAUUUUUUCAUGGAAUCAGACAAACGAAGCAAACCACUACUUGGCCAGGGCAGUCGACUCCAAGGGAAUGGUCAGGGAAUGCAUGACUCAAGAAAACAAUUGUUAUUUCACAAAUACAUACUGUGGACGGUACUACUCCUUCACAGUUCAAUCUGUGUCUGGGAGUUGCUCAAGUGGCCUCAGCUCUCCUGUUGGCGUUCGCACAGCACCCUGCAUUCCGCAGAAUCUGGAAACAGUAGCCGACUGCAGCGUUGACAAUUUGCUCAGCAAGUGGGACAAUGCUGAGGGGGCACUGUACUACACCGUGGCAGCUGUGGGCAACUACAGAAACAGCAGCUACAACUGCAGCUCAGUGUCCAACAGCUGUGUUAUGAAGGGCGUCAAGUGUGGAGACCAUCUGACCGUCACCAUCAGAUCUUUUGACAAUGACUGUCCCAGUCCAACACAGCUGGGGUCACCGGCUGAGACAAUGCCAUGCACUCCCCAGAACAUCUCAGCAGAGAGAAAUUGUGCAAAAGACUCCAUCUCUGUGAAGUGGGAGAUGAGCAACGCAGCACCUUUCUAUGUUGCAAUGGCAAAGGACAGCAAUGGGGUCAUUCAUAGCUGCAACUCCGUGGAUAUGUUGUGUACGAUCAGUGGCUUGAAGUGCAGCACCAGCUACAAAGUCUAUGCUAUUGCCUCCAACUUUGUGUGCAACAGCUCUGAGAGUGACAUGUUUACCAUAGAGACAGCUCCCUGCCCACCAAAUAACCUCACUGCCACCCUGGACUGUGCAGCCAAUGAGGCUCUGAUUUCGUGGCAUGGAAGCGUGAAUUCCUACACUGCUACCAUUAUAGAUUCAAGUCAGCGACUUUUAAGCUGCAGUUCCACUGCAACCAACUGCAAAAUACCUAACCUGAAAUGUGGCGAGCGCUACACUGUGACUGUCAGCCAGCAUGACGGCAACUGCUCCAGCAUGCCCUCUACGCACAUCUACAUGGAGUCUGUUCCUUGUGGGCCAGCCAACGCAAGUGCCAGAGUGGACUGUGCAUCAGGCAAUGUGACAAUAAACUGGAACCCAUCCCAAAAUGCAGAACGUUAUAUCGUCAUAAUCUCAAACGGCACCAUGCCGUUGACGUAUGAGACCACACAGACAAACCUGGCAGUCCACACACUGGAGUGUGGCCAGGAGUACACAGUGAAUUUGAUGUCCUUCAAUGGCAGCUGCGUCAGUCGUCCUUCAGAGUUAUAUUUCAGGGAAGAACUCAGUUGUAAUUUGGAGGGUCUGCAGUGUGGAAAGAUGUAUAACUUCACUGUGUCAGCCUCAGAUUAUUACUGUCAGAGUCCAGACAGCAAGCCAGUCAUCCAUACAACUGCCCCAUGUACUGUGCAGAAUAUGCUGACCACUCUUAACUGUACCACCAACAUACUGACCAUCAGCUGGACACCGGGAUCCAUGCCAGUGAACUACAGCACCACAGCGGUGACGACAAAUGGCACUACACUUCGCUGCGUCACGCAGAGUUCUAGAUGUACGAUGCCUGAGUUACAGUGUGGACAGCAGUACAGUGUGAGAGUCAAGCCCAUCAGCAGCACAUGUGAAGGACCCAGCAGUGUCCCGGAGAUUGUAAAUUCAGUUCCCUGUGUUCCUUUGAACAUCCAAACCCUGGUGGAAUGCUCCACUAACAGAGUGUGGGGAUCCUGGGAUGCAGCUCCUGGGGCAAUGUACUACAUUUCCACACUGAAAGGAGCAGGAGGUUUCUCUACAUCCUGUCAAACAGCUAACCAAAGAUGCCUCUUCUCUGGUCUGCAGUGUGCUCAGACAUACAUGUUCAGUGUGAUGGCCUCCAACAACAGGUGUAACAGCUCAAACAGCGCCAUGGACACAGCAACAACUGCACCCUGUGACCCUACAAACGUGUCUGCUUCUCUGAACUGCCUCUCUGAUGUGGUGACGGUUACUUGGAGGGCCAGCGCCGGCGCAAAUUAUUACACAAUCCUGGCUGAGGCCAGUGGACAUGUCAGCUCCUGUAAUUCCACUGGUACUUCCUGUGAGCUAAGAAACAUGCAGUGUGGGAAUGACUACACUGUGACUGUUCUGGCAGGGGACACAAAGUGCAACAGCUCCAUAUUUGCUAAAACCAACAUUACAACAGCUCCCUGUGCUCCAGUAAUCCAAGACCACUCACUGAACUGUAGCUCCAACCAAGCUUUGGUCACCUGGGUUAAGGAUGAGGAUGCCAUGACUGUCAUGGUCAAUGCAACCUCCAGUAUGGGAUACUUGCAGUCGUGCAGCUCAUCUUCCAACAACAGCUGUGUCCUGGAUCUCCUGUGUGGAAACACUUACACUGUAAAGGCUGUCGCAAAAGGACCUCAGUGUCUGAGCAAACCCAGCUCUGCUUUUCAGAUUGUUACAGCACCCUGUACCCCUGCAAACGUGGAGUACCAAUACUCCUGUGACACUGGCAUUGCUUUUGUGAGUUGGGAUGAGACUUUGGGCAGGAAGAGAUUCUAUGUGCAUGCUGAGUCUGGAAAUUUCACAGCCUCAUGCAGCACCAGCCAGACUGACUGCUCCCUGCCCACGCUGCUUUGUAGUCGCACAUACAGUGUAAAAGUAGUAGCUCUGGCUGACUCCUGCAACAGCAGCGUGCCCGGCGUAACGACUAUACAGACAGCACCUUGUGCUCCAGUGAACAUCAGUGCUUCCCUGCUGUGUGACAACAACACUGCGGCAGUGAGCUGGCAACACAGUCUUAGUGCAGUGUCCUACAGUGUGAAGGCAGUUGGCAGAGACGGCGACCUCAAAAGGUGUGCCACAAACAGCACAAGUUGCCUGCUACCCAACAUGCACUGCUCUCAAACCUACAUUAUCACCGUCACUCCCUUCUCUAUGCGCUGCGAAGGCAGAGAGAGUUUCCCAUACACCUACAAUGCAGGUUCCUGCCCUCCCACCAACGUCCACAUGUCUCUGCAGUGCGAUGGAAAUGUGAGCCAUGUGACCUGGGACCCUGCCCUUCGAGCAGAUCUCUACUUGGCCACAACCGCACCUUCUCUCACGGACAAACACAUCCACAACUGCUCAUCCAAUGGAACAAGCUGCUCCCUUACAGACCUCCCCUGCGGAGAAACAGUCGUUGUCACUGUUGUCACCAUAGAGAGAGGCUGCACGAGCCAACCCAGCGUACCAUUCACCUUAGAAACAGUCAUCUGCCCACCCACUGGUGUGACUGGAGUGACAAAUUGCAGAAACAAUGACAUCACAGUAAGCUGGGACCCAAGUCCAGAAAGCGGAGUGACCUACUUCAUCUACUCCCAAGGAAACAGUGGGAUCGCUUAUAACUACUCCACAACUCAGACUUUCUAUGUGAUGAAUGGGCUGCAGUGUGGACAAACAUAUAUGCUCUCAGUGGCUGCCCAGGACCCUGACUGCACCAGUCUCUUGAGCAAGCAGAUAGAAACCGAGACAGUUCCAUGUCCUCCAACCAACCUGACUGUCAAAACUCAAUGUGCCACCAACUUAGCGAUUCUGAAGUGGGCACCGAGUACACAUGCCAUCUCUUACACAGCCACAUUAACUGGUACCCACGGCCACUUAGUUUCCUGUCGUACCAACAAAACAACCUGCUCAUUGCACGUGGAUUGUGCAAAGCAGUACUCAGCUUUUGUGGUUGCUUCCAGUGCAACAUGCAACAGCAGUAAAUCAGAUAAUCUAACUUUUGUCUCAGCCCCUUGUCUGCCUGACAGGGUACAAGCAGAGCUGGACUGCAAUGCUAACACCUUUGCAGUGGAGUGGAGGGGAAGCCUUGGGGACAUUGAUUACACUGCAAUCGCCAUCGGCAGAGACAAGACACGGAGAACUUGCAACUCUAGUAGCACCAACUGCGUCAUCCAGGACCUAACUUGUGGCCUCAUUUACAGCAUUGUCGUCACUACCUCGUCAAUCGACUGCGGCUUAAUUGAAGGCUCCAACUAUGAGAUACAGUCAGCCCCCUGUAAGCCAAACAGCGUGAUGGUGAAUUUGCAGUGCAUAACAAACAUGGCGACUGUCAGCUGGGCAAACUCAGGCCCAGACCAAAUGCAGGUGGUGUCAGCGAGGGACAGCAGAGGAACAGUCACCACCUGCAACUCCACCAGCUCCAACUGCACCUUCAGUCAACUUAAGUGCGGGGAGAUAUAUGGCAUCAGUGUGGUCGGUCUCACAAGCAACUGCAGCAGUGAACCGGCUUUUGCCCAAAGGCUCAACAUGGCUCCAUGCAUUCCCACACACGUCACAGCAAGGGUGGACUGCAACACCGGCAUCACUGCGGUCACAUGGGAUGCUGCGCUGGGUGCCACAUCUUACACUGUCUAUGCUCGGGGCAGUCUGGGCUACAAUGCUCAGUGUAACAACACUGACACCAACUGUGACUUCCUUAACCUGGCCUGUGGACAAGACUACAACAUCACAGUGGUGGCUCGCCAUAACACCUGUGUCAGCAUAGCCAGCGAGACUGUCAAGGCCACCACAGGUCCUUGUCCCCACAGUGGUCUGAGAACAUCCCUGGACUGCAACACCAACACAGCUGUGGUAUCUUGGACUACAGGAAUUGGCAUCCUCUACUACAAUGCCACAGCUGAAGCCUUCGGCUCCAUAGACAAGCAGACCUGCUCUACAAAUGGCUCCUCCUGUAAUAUCAGUUCUCUGCAGUGUGGGGAAAGCUACAAAGUGAGCGUCAGUGGACAGGGACUAGACUGCAGCAGUCCUGCUCAGGACUGGCAUCGAGUGAACACAGCUCCCUGCCCUCCCACCCAGCUGAUGGUGAACUCUUCAUGCAAAUCAAACAACAUCUCAGUGUCCUGGCAGGCCUCUCAAGGCUCAGUCUCCUACAUGGCAGUGGCUGAAAAUGAACAGGGCCACCGGUGGUCGUGUAACACCAGCAGCACCAGCUGCCAAAUAUCUGGUCUGCUCUGUGGGCAACAGUACAAUGUCUACGUUGUUGGUAUUGAUGACAAGUGUACUGGAGCCAAGAGUGACAUGAAGAAGAUUCGCACUGCUCCGUGUGUGCCACAGAACAUACAGAACCGUCUGGACUGCCUGUCUGGUGUCCUGAACAUUACCUGGCAGUCGACAGGUUACUUUUUGAACUUCCGCGCCUCUGUGGUGAACAGCGAAGGUCAAAUGAGCGUUUGCACAACUCCUAUGCAUUACUGCGUUGUACAGAACAUGCAGUGUGGGCAGACCUACAAUGUUACAGUGGUGGCCCAAGAUGAAGCUUGCAACAGUUCCCAUAGCCCCACAGAGCAGGUCUCUACAGCUCCCUGCCCUCCCUCAUCCUUCCUAUCUAAUGUGAACUGUGGCAAUGGCGUCGUAUCUGUCACCUGGAACAAUAGUGUGGCAGGGGUGAUGUAUACAGUGUCUGCUGCAGAUGCCAAAGGUGCCAGACACAACUGCAGUAGCACAAACAACGGCUGUAAUCUCAGCACACUGGCGUGCGGGAUGCAGUACAAUGUCACAAUCACACCAUCCAGGAAUGAAUGUGUGGGCAAAGACAGCCAAACUAAAAUGGUCAAAGCAGUUCCUUGCGUACCCCAGCUGUCAGACGUGGAGAUUGACUGCUUGACAAACUCAGCGUGGGUGAUGUAUAAUGAGUCUGCUGGGGCCAAAGAAUAUGUUGUGGUGGCAACAGACACCACGGGUGAUGUUCAGACAUUUGAUUGUAACUCCACGUCAGAUGGGAUGUGUACUCUGCCACCGCUUACAUGCAGCCAGAAUUUCACCAUUACCCUGAAGGCCAAGGACCAGCAGUGCACCAGUGCACCCAGCAACUCUGUCAAAACCGAGACAGUGCACGUCACGGCUGAGGGACGAACCUGCAACAGCUCAGAGAGCGAACAGCUCAUGUUUAGGACAGUGCCAUGCGUUCCUGAGAAUCUCAAAGCCAGCCUGAGCUGCAGCAACAAUGUGGCUUACAUGUCAUGGAGCUCUAUAAAGGGAGGACAGCUUUUCAGCGUAAAGGCAGUGGGUACUGACGGGCAUGUGGACGAGUGCAGGGUUCCUGACAAUGAGUGUGAACUGACCAAUCUGCACUGUGGACAGUACUACACAGCCACUGUGUCUGCAGAGGACAUGACGUGUAUGAGCAAACCGAGUGAGAAUGUGACGAUCAAGACAGUGCCGUGCACUCCAGCAAACGUCUCCUCUGUGGUCGACUGUCAGGCCAAUUCUCUCAUCGUUUCCUGGUCGAAAAGCUCAGGAGCCGAUUCCUACAUCGCCACACUGCACGACAGCACCAAUCAGGGCACAACAUGCCAGGCCACAACAGAGGGCUCCUGCAAUGUGACAGGACUCGGCUGUGGACAGAUCUACCAUGUUUCCGUAGUGUCUUCUGAUGGGUACUGCAACAGCCCGCCCACUCCUGUUGUUGACACACCGUCAGUGCCCUGUAAUGCAAUAAAUAUCAGGGCAUAUAUGGACUGUGAGAUUAAGACAGCUGUGGUGUCAUGGUGGCCGAGUGAUGGAGCCUUGUCAUACAUCGCGAUGGCCACUACAAAUUCAGGUCACAACGUCACCUGUGAGACCAACAGGACCUCCUGUGACCUGACAGAGCUGCUCUGUGGACAGAGCUACUCCGUGUCUGUCAAAGCUAUAGGAAAGACGUGCAGCAGCAUCGCUAAAAUGACAGGACAGCUGGUCACUGAGCCUUGCAUCCCAAUCCAAAUCACCACCCAGUACAGCGUGACAAUCGGCCAGGUGCAGUGGGACAUGAGCAAUGGUGCUAAUUACUACACAGUCACGGGGCAAACAGACCAGGGACUCACCACCACCUCCUGUGUUACCAAUGACACUUACUGUGCAUUGUACAACAUGUACUGUGGCCAAAAGUACAGCAUCGUUGUCACAGCAAACAACUUUGUGUGCCAAAAUGUGUCUGCCUCUACUGUUUUAAUUGUGACAGAGCCGUGCCCGCCCAAUAACGUGCAGACAAACGUUAACUGUCAGGAUAACCAGGGGAUGGUCUCCUGGGAGACAAGUUUUGGUGCAGUGGGUUACGAGGCUAGCUUCGCUGGCCGUGACGGACACUCGCUGUCCUGCCAUACUAAUGCCACUUCCUGCAGCGUGGAAGGACUUCACUGCGGAGUCGUCUACCACACUGAUGUCAUUGCUAUUGGGGAGAAACUCAAUAGCAUCAGGUCCAACACUGUCCUGCUGUAUUCAGCUCCCUGCGCAGUUGGAAAGUGCACAGCUAACCUGGACUGCUACAAUGACACAGCCACAGUCUCCUGGAGUCCAGUCAGUGGAGCAAACUCCUACAUGGUGACUGCUGUUUCAGCAGAUGGUUCCCGCGCUUCCUGUGAGAGUACUGAACAUCAGUGUAAUCUGACAGAGCUGGAGUGUGGACAGGUGUACAACGUCACUCUCGUAACCAUCAGCAACCACUGCCGGACUGAGAAAAGCACUAAUAUCUCCUUUAGCACACGCCCCUGUAAGCCAUCACGUGUGGGAGUGGAUCUACAGUGUGGGACAAGUACAGCCAACAUGUAUUGGGAGGAAAGCGCGGGAGUGGAGCUCUACAUGGCUACUGCCACCAACAUGGGAACAACACUGAAGUGCAACUCCACCAAUUCCACCUGUCAGUUCUCUAACUUGACCUGUGGGGACACCUAUAAACUCUCUGUCAUUGCAUACAGCAACAGGUGCUACAGUGAAAUCAGUAGCACUGUGGAGAUUCAGACAGAACCCUGUAAGCCAGAUGGUUUGAGGGUCCAUGGGUCAUGUAACAAUGAGACGGUGCUGCUGUACUGGUUUAAGGCUAAAGGAGCAUCGAAAUAUAUUGUGACAGCAGACGGAAACCUGGGAUACAGCACGUCUUUACAAACUAAUAACACAAUGAUAGAGACCAACCUGCCCUGUGGACAGCUGUUCACAUUCACUGUAAAAGCUCAAGAUGACUGGUGUGACAGUCCUACAAGCCGGCCUGAAAAAUACAUGACAACCCCCUGCGUCCCGGCACAUGUACAGAGCUUUACACGCUGUGAGAAGAGCCUGGGCUCAGUCAGCUGGGCCGCGAGCGAUGGCGCAGAGUCCUACAUGGCCAUUGCAACAGGACAGGAUCGCCAUGUCCACACGUGCACCACAAACACCACCAUCUGCACCUGGAAUGAUCUACACUGUGGUGAAACAUACACAGUUUAUGUCGUUGCCAUGAACUACGUAUGCACCAGCAUGCCGAGCAACAGCACUUCAAUUCGGAUGGCACCAUGCAUACCUCAGAAUCUGACAUCAUCUUUUAAUUGCACUACAAAGGUGGGAUCACUGGCCUGGAGUGCCAGUGAAACUGCAGAGUUUUACAUCGUGACUGCAGAGAACAACAUUGGCCACAAAGUGCAGCUCAGUACCAAUGAUACCUGGACUUACAUUUCUGAGUUCCACUGUGGUCAGGAAUACUUCCUGUCUGUUCAGGCGGCAGAUUCAGUGUGCACAAGCCGCCCCAGCCCACCUUUAAAUCUUACAUCAGAGCCCUGUUCACCCACCGGUAUCUCCAGCUUCAUGAACUGCAUCUCCAACAUUGCUGUGGUGUCGUGGACUGGCUCGGCUGGUGCAGAGUACUACAUUGCCAAUGUUAGGACGGAAGAUGGACAGUCUUCGAGCUGCUGGUCUGACAGUGAGCAAUGUGCCAUGCCCAAUGUCCUCUGUGGACAGAACUACGCAGUGACUGUGGUGGCCUCAAACAGGAAGUGUAACUCUGAUCCCAGUAAAGGUGACCCACUGCGAUCAGUUCCUUGUGUUCCGACUAAUGUGGAAGUGGAGAUGGUUUGCUCCAAAAAUCAGGCUGUUGUGUCCUGGAGUGCUAGCAAUGGGGCUCUUUCUUACAAAGUGACAGCACAGAGCACACUGGGGUCCAUGUCCAUCUGCCAGACUGCAGGCCUAAGGUGCACUUUGACCAAUCUGACGUGCGGACAUGACUAUUCUGUCCAGGUGGUGGCAGAGGGUGGAACCUGCUCAAGUCUGCCCAGCCCAGCUAUAACUUUCCAUUCAGUUCCCUGCACACCCAACAUUGGCACAGUGAUUCUGGACUGCUUCACCAACUCGGCCCUCUUGGACUGGGCCUACGCUGAGGGUGCCUUGUAUUACAAUGCAACAGCACAGUCAUCCAGUGGCCAUGUUUCCACCUGCAGCUCCAACAUCACCAACUGUGAGCUGCCAGGCUUACAGUGUGGUCAGAUCUAUGACGUGAUCACUGUGGCCUCAAAUUAUGAGUGCAGAAGCCCUCCUAGCUCCACACUCCAGGUGGAAUCAGUGCCUUGUCCUCCCGAGGAUGUUGUGCAUGUACUGGAUUGCUCUACUAACACAGCUGUGGUGGAAUGGCAGGCCAGCAGAGGGGCGGACUACUACAUUGUCCAAGCCGUCGGCGUGCAAGAAGAUGAAACGAGUUGCGAGACAAUGUCACAGUCCUGCAUCCUCGCAGACCUCUUAUGUGGCUUCACCUACAACAUCAGCGUGAUUGCUGUUAAUGAUGUGUGCAAUGUGUCAAUGAGUGACACACAGCAGAUGCAAGCAGUGCCCUGCAUACCACAGCUAGUGGAGGCCAGGGUUGUUUGUGAGUCUGGGGCUGUGGCAGUGUCUUGGGAGCCAAGUAAAGAAGCAUUAUCCUACACGGUAGUUGCCCAAGGCCACGGUGGCUACGCUUCAGUUUGCAACAGCAACGACUCAACCUGCCUGCUCGGUGACGUGCUGUGCGGCCUCAACUACUCGAUCACUGUUACUGCUUCAGAUGACACAUGUAACAGCAAUGAAAGCUCUGCUGUGGAGAUCGACACAGUGCCAUGUGUGCCUCAGAAAGUAAGAGCUGAGAUGGAGUGCAGGAAUGACACAGGAGUGGUAUCAUGGGAAGAAGAGGAGGGUGUGUCCAUCUACUUGGUCCAGGCUUUUGGACCUGAUGGUCACAAGUCAGAGUGCGACACAACUGAAAGCAGUUGCGAGCUACCCAACAUGCACUGUGGCCAGCUCUACAACCUGACAGUUACAGCUCAGGAUGGACGCUGUGAUAACAGCCAAGCCCACCUCAGCCUGCAGUCAGUGCCGUGUAAGCCAACCAGCGUGAAAGCUUCUCUACGAUGCCACUCAAACUCUGCUGCAGUGACAUGGGAGGGGGCCAGCGGAGCUCUCCUAUAUACUGCAGUGGGUGUUACAGCAGAUGGCCGUUACAGGGCUGAGUGUAACAACACUAUGACCUUCUGUGAUCUGAGUGAGCUGCAGUGUGGGCAGACCUACAGUGUUAGCGUGUUCAGCCAGGAUGAUUCCUGUUCCAGUUUGGAGGGCAACAAAGCUUACGUACGAACAGCGCCUUGUCCACCACAGAAUGUGGUUGUUGGUGCACAAUGCGGAGCAGGUUCCAUGGUUGUGUCCUGGUCCCCCAACCCUGAUGCCCAGUACUUCCACGUGGCUGCAGUGAGCAACACUGGGGCGAGACUCUACUGUAACUCUACUGGAAAUAGCUGCACUCUAAAUAAUCUACCCUGUGGACAGAGCUACAACAUCACUGUGCUGUCUAUAAGAGAUGGUUGCCAGAGCAAACCGAGCGCUGUGGUGGAGUCUUCUUCAGCUCCAUGCAUACCUAGGAACAUUAAGGGUAGUCUGGACUGCAUAUCAAACAGUGCCUGGGUGACGUGGGACGACUCGAUGGGAGCAACCAGUUACUCUGUGCUGGCCCGAGCAGCCAAUGGUCACAACUCCAGCUGCACUACCACCUCAUCUCCCUGUAAAGUCCAGGAUUUGAACUGUGGGACACUUUACACCUUUAAGCUCAAGGCUAUCAACAAGCACUGCAGCAGUAUUGACAAUGCCACCUUUGAGCUUGAGACAGGUCCUUGUACUCUAACAUCCGUCAGUGCAAUGAGCCAAUGCAACAGUGACACCAUCCUAGUUGAAUGGAAGGUGACUGCAGGGACGCCAGUCUAUGUGGUCACAGCUGAAGGUGAUGACAACUCUGUUGUUACCUGUAACAGUACCUCCACUUCAUGUGUACUCCAGAAUGUUCACUGCGGCAUGCACUACAGCGUCAUAGUAGCAACUUCCUCUGAUAAGUGCAGCAGCCUCAGAAGCCCUCCAAAGAAGAUCCAAACAGCACCUUGCGUCCCAGCCAAUGUAACAGUGGUGCCAUCGUGCAAAGACGCUGGGGCCAAAGUGAGAUGGGCGGACUCUCUGGUGCCCACAUCAUACCAGCUGAUAGCCACAACUCGAGAUGGACACGUGGCAACCUGCAACACCUCAUUGAACAACUGCUCUUUGGUUGAUCUUCACUGUGGUCAGCUGUACAAUUUAAGCAUCACUGCCAGAGGGGAGAACUGUACCAGCUAUCCCAUCAGUUCAUCCUUUAAAACAGUGCCCUGUGCGCCCUCUGAUAUCGCAGUGGAUAUUGACUGUCAGACCAACUCGGCUGCCAUGUCGUGGAACAAAAGCACGGGUGCUGUGGAGUAUUUUAGCUUUGCACAAUCCACGAAUGGAGUCGCCCUGUCCUGUAACAGCAGCAAUCCCUCCUGCACCUUCAAAGGGCUGGAGUGCGGUGGCGUUUACAAUUUCUCUGUGACAGCCUCUAACAGCAUCUGCAACAGCUCGUUCAGCUCACCUCUGCAGGCCGGAGCAGUCCCGUGCCCUCCUUCUCGUGUGAAUGUCCGUAUGCAGAGGAUAGACAGGCUAUACUGGGCCAUGAUAUCAUGGAGCAAAGUUACAUGUCCUGAUGUUGAGUAUUUGGCGGAAAUCAGUGGUCAGAUUGAAAACAACCCACAAGCCUUGAUGACUGUCUCUUCUUAUUGGCUACCCAGGCCAUACUUUGAAUUUCCAGUGCCUUGUAGCACUGCUUUUAACAUCACAGUGCGUGCCAAGAACUCAGCUGGUAUCGGCAAGCCAUCGAGUCCCAUUACUGCACUAACAGCCCCGUGUGCUCCACAGAGUGUGAUGUACGCUGGCAACAGGCAGUCUGCUGUCCUGUUCUGGAAUGCUUCAGUGUUUGCUACCAGUUACACGGUCUACAAUGUAUCGAGAGGAACCCGUGUAAAACUAUGCAACACCACCGAACUUUCCUGCCAGCUGACCGACUUCGAUCCUAAUGCAACUAUAGUGACAGCUAGCAAUGCUGUAGGGGAGAGCAAUCCCAGCCAAAACAUUACAGGUCCAGUGACAACUCGCAGAAGAAGAGACCUUGUUCAGUUCUAUGAGGAUCUUGAAAUCCCAGAGGUGCUGACAUUAACAGUAAGUGGAGUUUCUUUGCAUGUGAGUUGGACGACAGUGACGGGUGCCACCGAGUACACACUUAUGAUUGAGGAGGAGCAGAUAGAUGGAAAAGCCAGCAAGCCGGCGAGAGUUCGAAGAGUGGAAGGUGACUCUUACACAGAGACUGAUCUCAAACCCCAGACCACCUACUGCGUCAGGGUGGCAGCCAAAAAUGCCAUCAACCAAAGCAGCUACUCCCAAUCCAAGUGCAGAAACACUGAUGCUCUAGUGGGCUCUUAGUGACACACACACACAUGCAUGCAUACACACAAAUUCACUUAAAUAGACACUGGACUAAAGAGAAAUACUAUCAUAUGCCACUUUGUAGCAUCCAUAACACAACUCAUGCUGGUUUGAUUGUACACAUACUUUAGGAAGAUAAUUGUGAAAAGGAAGUAAUCACGCAUACAAAGUCAUGAUAAAAUUAUGUUUCUUAAAUGUCACAAAGAGAUGAUGAUCAAACCUAACAACCACUUAUAGAUUUAAAUGCUUCAGAAUUUUCUGUGGGAGUAGUUUGUAUAUUUGCAUAAAUGUAGCUCUGCUGAAAUUAUACAGUAUUUAUCAGAAACAUGCUUAUAUUUUUGGGGUAGGUUAUUCGAUUCUCUGCAUGAUUGAUGAAAAAUGUAGUGUAAACAAAUAAAAUGGUAAUUUAUAAAGCUAUAUUUGUAAAGUCAUGCAGUAUCUUUUUGAUGUACUAUGUGACUUCUCAGAUUGUAAACACGCUGACAGAUGCUUUUGAACAAUCCCAGAAAUUAAAGAAUAAAAAAAAGGUUGAAAACAC